AUGGCUACGAGUGAAAGCGGCGACGGGAGCCACAACCCUGCUUUUGACCCGGAUUUGGAUACUCCGGACAACCCGGAUCACGAGUUUGCUGAGUUUGGUGCCGGUUGUUUCUGGGGUGUGGAGCUGGCUUUUCAGCGAGUUGUGGGAGUUGUGAAAACUGAAGUUGGAUAUUCACAGGGUCAUACACCGGAUCCGACCUACAAAUUGGUCUGCACGGGAAGUACUAACCAUGUUGAAGUGGUUCGGGUUCAGUUUGACCCAAAAGUGUGUCCUUAUAGUAAUCUCUUGGAUCUCUUUUGGUCACGUCAUGACCCCACUUCUCUCAAUCGCCAGGGAGGUGAUGUGGGUGUACAAUACAGAUCAGGGAUAUACUACUACAAUGAAACCCAAGCUCGUUUAGCUCAAGAAUCAAAAGAGGCUAAACAGUUGGAACAGAAGAACAAAAUUGUCACAGAAAUACUUCCAGCAAAGAGGUUUUAUAGAGCAGAGGAAUAUCAUCAGCAAUAUUUGGAGAAGGGUGGAGGCCAAGGGCUCAGUCAGUCUGCUGAAAAGGGGUGCACUGAUCCCAUCAGGUGCUAUGGCUAA